UUUACUAUGCUUAGGAAAGAAAAUGAAAAAGAAAACACAAAGGGUAUCUCGUCUUCAUUUUCUUUUAGUGCAUGUAUUGGUUCAACGCGAUAUCAUGACUUAUUUAUUAAAGAAUAUAUAUCUUUAAGCUUAUUUUACUUUAUAAAUAACAAAAAAGAUAGCACAAAGACAAGUUCAGCUUUAGGUUUGUUUUUACCAUUAUCAACUAUUGCAUUGGUUAAAAAAAUAUUGUGAAAACAUUUAACUUUUUUUAAAAUAUCGUUAACAAUAACAAAGUUUAUAAAACCUGAAGUCGUGCCUUUGAGUUAAAUAUUAAAAAGUUUAACAAAGAAGAAAAAAAGAAGAAGAUGAAAGAUUACAGUUAAAAGGUGGUAAAGUCACCUGUGGUAUCACCUCCUCAAUCUCGUUAAAAGUGUUAGUAGCUAUGAUGGUGCUUUCACUGAACCGUAAUAUUUGAAAUAGGGGGACGCGGAAAGAAGGGUAAUAUAUAGAUGAUGCAUUUUCCUUUUUUUCUACUUCGUUUUUAUUCUUAUAUUGUUAAUUAAUUUUUUUUUAUUAACAUUUUUACAAUCUUAAGGUAUUUUGAAAAUUGUAUUUUUAUAUGAUAACUUGUUCUAGAAAAGAACGACUUUGAUGGCCUAAGAGAUCGGGCUUGCAUAUCUAACUUGUUAAUUCUCGUGAAAGUGUUUCAUUUAUUUCCCAAAUCUGUUAGUAUAACAUUUGAAUUUUAUUUGGUGAUAUCUGCUUAUAAAUAUUUGAAAUGCUUGUUAAAUUACAUAAUUUGCAAUUUGGAUUCUUGGAUACAAUAUUUGGUUUACUUAUUUACAAUAAAGCAACAAUUCACCUGUUAGUCAAACCACUUUAAAAAAAACAAAAUUUUCACGAAACAAGAAUUAACCUCCACACCAACGGCAAUCGUUUUCUGAUUUUAUUGCGAGAACUGUGUAUGUGCAUCAGUCAAACAUGUUAGUUUGAUGGAAGAUGUCUCUCACUUAAUAAACAUUGUUGAUAAUUUGUUAAUGUUUUUUUGCUUUUUUUGUUAUGCAAUUUUAUUCACGCUUUUUUUAUAAGCACAAAUUUUUAACAAUACGAGACUCGAAUUCUUUAAAAAAUAAAUUUGUUUGUAAGCCAAACAGCCUGAAAUUAUAAAAAAAAAGCGACAGUGGUUACAAAAGCAACAAAAUGGACAGGACAUGUCCCUUUAAUUUAACAUUUAAGGGACAUGUCGUUUAGCCAGUCUGACUAAGCAUGCAAACACUUGAGUGUCGCUUUUUGAAGCAAAUAAUAAACAAGGUACAACUAAGCAUCGGUUAAGCCUAUAAAUAACACAAGCUUAAGCAAAAUUGAGCAUUAUUUAAAAUGUUGUGUUACUUAUAAAAGAAAGCUUGUUCUGAACCUUUUACACACAGACAUGUUACUUUCUUUUUCUUCUUUGCAGUAAACAUAAUACUAUCUAGUACCAUUAAGAAAAAUUGGCAUUGACUAAAGGUCAAGAAAGAAAGUGAAAAAGACAUAAAAAGCUUAUUCACCUUUUGUGAUUUUUGUGUUCUUUUUAGGAGGAAUUCAUAAAUAAAGAUUCUCCAUGUCUCUUUUAGCUGUUAAACAAUAGAAAGAAAGUUGAGAAGACCCAAUGAAGAAUAUAGUAUUGUAGUGAAUUAUGAAGAUAAAAGACGUCUAUGCAUCCUGGAUAAACAAACGAAAGAAAGGUAUUAUAACAGACGAGACAAAAACAGCAUCACUCAAUCGAAAAAUGACGACUUCUACCACGACAACGACGCCACGCCAACGCAAAAUUACCGUCGUUUCGCUUGCCUCCCAUCAACACGGCAUUAAAAUUGAAGGCUCCGACGCCGAAUUACGUAGCCGUUCCAUGUCAACAAUUAGACUAGAUAAAGUUAUAUCUGAAAUAAAAGAAUUCCAUUGGCGAACCGAAAACCAAUUGAAAAAGAGUGUUAAAAAACAAGCCAAGGAGCUAGGGUGGUUCUUUGCCAUCUUUGUAGUAUAUAUUAUGUUUGGUACUUUUCUAUUUUUCUACAUUGAAGAAUGUUCUGGAGCUUCAACUCCCACUGAUAACAGUAUACCUUAUUAUCCGAUGGAAAUUUCAAAACAUAAAAAUCUGAAUAAAACUUGUUUUGAUCUUUACAAUGCAUUUAUAGAGGAAAUCGUCAAAAAAUCAGAUUUGAAUGUAACAUUGAUCUCCAACCAAAGUGGACAUUAUCAACAUUUCGAUGCGAAAUGCCAAAAACUAGUGAUGGAUUCGCCACAACCCUUCUCUUUUUCUGCAUACAUGGAGGGCAAAAGUUGUGAGGUGACAGAUAUAAAGCUAUUAAAGUACGCUGAAUUCACCAUCUUCACUUUACUCACUAUCGGUUAUGGCAACACAACUCCUAUAACAACUGUUGGUCGCGUGACGCUAGUUUUUUAUGCAGUCUUCGGUAUACCGUUAGCUGUUACGAUGUACAGCGUUGCUGGCAAACUUAUAGUGCAAAUAAUAACUCUAGUUAUCAGGAUGAUACAAACUCGAAUCUUCAAAAAUUCAACAGAAGUGCCUCAUAUUCAAUUGAAGACUUUGUUUGUCAGUAUUUUUUUCAUGCUGACCAUUAUGUUAACCGGUUGUGCAGUCACUACUUCGGAUAAAAUGGAAGAUUUGGCGUUUACGUCCAGCUUUUAUUUUUGGUUCGUCAGCUUAUCUACGAUUGGGUAUGGCGAUAUACAUUUCGAUCGAAAAAAGCAUCUGCAGAAUCCACAUUUGAUGAUUCUAUCAUCGAUGAAUUUGCUAUUUGGUCUCGGAAUUAUGGCUGCCAUUAUUGAAGCAUUUUCAUUGGCUCUUGAAAAAAAAGACUUACAAAUGAGUACUAUUAUUAUCGAUGACGAAGAUGUUGUAAAUGAGGACGAGAGACCUGAAAGUGAUAAAGAUUUAUGGGCAACAGCGAUGAAAAGGUACAGGACAUAUUCAAAGAAUGGUGAGCAGGAAUCGGAAACUAAUUUAACUGAAUUAUCGAGUAAAGACGGAGAUACCUCGACGUCAAAUGGAAGCAAUUCGUUUUCUCACAAUGUAUUAAGUGACCGUUCAUUAAAAGGUACUGUCAAUCUAGGUCGAACUGACGAUAAUGAAAACCACAUACCAACUAGUCAUAUGGCUCGGCUAAACGUAUUUCAAGUUGGAUCAUGACAUUACUUAUAAAACCUGAAGAUGUUUGUUGUAAAACAUUUUCAUUCUGUAAAAAAAUGCGACUUCUUUCAGUACGGCUCUUUCAAAUGCGUAGGAUUUCAAAUAAAAUUUAUUAAAUUAAA